GACCCUUCACUUUAGCAGCAAAUGUUUUGGGUCAGUGUUCAGUUGCGUGGAGUUCGUGACCAAAGGCGGGCGUACUUUUUUUUCACAUUCAUAUUUAAUAAAUCUGCCAUUGCCGCUCUAUAUAUCGAGUAUCUGUACAAUCACCUAACGAUACGGGAUUCGGUCUUCGGUCUUCGAUCAGCAUGGAGCAGCAGCAUUGAGAGCAGCAGCCCCACAGGAGUCAUGGGCUGUGCCAGCAGCACUCCCAUGGUUGCAACGGCCGGCAGCGAAAUGCUGAAAGCCGCCACCCAUGUCCGGGAGAAGGGCGAGGCCGUUGUGGAAGAUGCCACUCAGACGCUGACCACGGGCCUGGACACGGCCAAGGAGACGGUGGGCGCGGCCGUGGCGGGGAUUACCAACGAUCUGGGUAACGCCUUCAAGGAGGGCACCCACGCCCUGGACGAGGCCAAGCACAAGGUGAUGGAGGGCCUGCACCUUGAGCAGCCCCAGCCCGCCCAGGAAGAGGAGGCGACGUCGGCGGCGGCGGAUGCGGCGGCGGUGGAGUCUGGCGAGGUCAUGGCCGAGGUGAGCUCAUCCCGAGCCCCAACACCACAGCUGCAGGGAGAUGCGGACAGCCUGAAGACCUCCACCCCGGAGCCAGAGAUCGAGCGGGCGCUGGCCAACGAUGAGGAGAGUCCACCCACGCCACAGCCAUCGCUGGAGGAGCUGGCUCAUCUGAGUGCCCAGGUGGAGUCGAUUGCCGAUGCCCAGCCUCCUCCUCUUCCGCCUUCUCAUCCCCAUCCUCCAUCUGCUGUGGAAGAAGCGGCGCCUCCUGCUGCUCCAGUUGAGGCUCCUGCCCCCGCUGCGUCCGUGGAAGGACGUUGGUUUCGGCGCAGGGCCGCGAAGCAGGAGCGAGAGCCACCCCGCCCAAACACCACCGAGUGGGAAAGGUUUGCGGAUCAGCUGGCCAAAAGCAAGAAAUUCAAGCCGUACGAGAGCUUUGCCCACAGCAAGAUCCAUUUCUCCGUGUACAAGGACCACACGAGCCUCCGGGACAAGCCCGGCCACACGGACGGACACUUUAGCGGCGGCAACUCGCUGUCCAGCACCUCCCAGUCGGAUCUCUCCAGCGGCCACGUGACGCCGGCCAUGAGCCGCAAGGGUCAGCGGGAGUUCGCCAAGUUCGUGGCCUCCGAGGGGCCGACGAGUGUGUCCAGGGCCAGUUCACGGAUCUCCAAUGCCGGCUCCAGCUCCAGGACCUUCGACUUCAAUCCGACGCGUGAUCGGAUCAGUGUUUUUGAGGCCAUGAGUGGAGGUCGCAGUCGCAGUCGCGUGGGCUCGGCCAUCCAGCGGGCUCCUGCGGAGAGGAUAUCCCUCUGGAGUAAGCACGCUGCCGUGGCCGAGGAGGAGCCCCCAACGGCAGCACCUGGCAGGAGGAUGAGCACGGGGAUGAGCACCCAGAGCGUGCUGCGAACUCCCACGGAGUACACCAAUCCCUAUGGCAUUCGUCGGGCAGUCCGACCAGUAUCUCAAACGAGGAGCAUCAGCAGAAUGGAAAAGCAAACUUCCUCAGUGACACCCAGAAAACAGGGAUCUAAAAGAAAUCCUUCCCACGAACCUUCACACAGAGAUGUGGCUGUGGCUUCCCGAAUGCCAGUCCAUGCAAAGGAAAGGAGGCAUCCCAGCCAGGAGGAGGAUACAUCUCAUAUUCCACCCCCAAUGGUGGAGCCACAAGCGAAGCAACUGAAGAACUUAAGAACGAUCCAGAUUCCCACACCUCUGGAGGAGAUACCGACCGAUCUCAGUCCAAGUCCCACUGAAGAUGACACACCACAGAAAAGAUUUAUCGCCAGAAGGCACCUCCACAUCCGCUUCCACUGCCAAGAUGCCGCCAUCCUCCAAUUGGAAGUCACCUUUCACCCCAAAGAUGCGGACGUCUUCCACUCGGAAGAUCCAUUCACCCACCAAUUUGAGAAUGCGUUCACCUUCCACUUCUCGGAUGCGUUCACCUUCCGCUCCGAGAAUGCAUUCACCUUCCGCUUUAAGAAUGCAUUCACCUUCCGCUCCGAAAAUGCAUUCACCUUCCGCCUCGAAAAUGUACUUAGCUUCCUCUACAAGGACGCAAUCACCAUCCAAUCAGGAAAUGGAGUCACCAUCAGAUAUGAGAAUGGAGUCACCCUUAAAUCCGAGGCUGCAGUCACCUUCCACACCUACCAGGCUAUGCAGUCGUCUCCUGCCGCCGCGAUACCGGCGUCACCUUCUCCGUCUCGUGCAUCGACGGCCAAGUCAUCGGACAGCAGCCUGGACGUGGUUGUCCGGCCCAUGAGCAAACUCAAUACACCCAGCAUGAAGUCCCUGACGCCCGACCAGGUUGUGAUGGCGGAGUACGAAGAUGCCGCCUUAGAGGCGGCCCUCGCGAGGCUAGAGCUCCUGCGUGGAUCCACGACCACUCUCAACACCCUCCGAUCCUGCAGCCCCGGGCGUCAUACGUACACCGCCUCCCUGCUGAGUUCGAGGCGGACUUCCCCGUGGGUCAUGCGCAAGGACUAUGGGUUCUCCAAAGACAAGGAAAACAACAAGCCAUCGACUGCAGUGGCUGCAAGUGCACCAAAGUCCAUACAGCAGACACACGAAAGGUGCGACAUUUGCUCGAAUGAGUUUGUGUUGAAUUGACAGAUACAUAUUUCGAAGAUGCAGAGAUACACAUUUUUUUUCUAUAUUUAAGCAGUUUUAGAACGAUGUAGGGAAUGAUGUUUACAAAGUACAAGCUUUACUCUCAGAAUA